CCUUAUUUGUGUGAUUCGCGUCUGUUGCCUAAUUACACGCUUUACCAGAAAAAAAAAAAGGAAAAAAAAGGAAAGGCUCUCUAAGAGCUUGAAUGAAAAUUAGCCAUUGAAACAAACAAUGUCCCAAAAAAAGGGGCAACAACAAUCGAUAAAGAAACAUUUUCAACGAAUUGUCAAAACACAAGAGGUAGAAGUAGAGAAAGAGAUCAGACUAUACCCAUUGUUUCGCAGAGUAAACGAAAAGACCACCAAAAACGAGAGCAUAGCAAUCGAAGCAGAUCACCAGAAACAAACAAUACCCUCUGUUUCAAAUGACAAAGCUCCUACUACUGCUACGAAACCUGCGAUCAUUGCUGAACCAUCAGCUGUUCUUAGAAAAGUAAAAGCGCCAUUUAUUCCUAGACCCGAUCCAUUUGAAAAGUUGAUCAAGAGUGAGAAACAGAGGUUCUACGCAAAGCAAAAACAACAGAGAGAAGCAUUGAUAGAGGCUGAAAGACAGCAUGACUACAUUAUAAAAAAGCCAAAGAAGUUUUCUAUGAAAGAGAUUGAUCGCAAAAUGACUUUGCACUAUAAUGACAGUUGGAAGAAAGACAAGUGCUGCAAGGCAUUAUUUGAUCGCCUAUCACACAUCAAUCAUUCAGACCGAAAAGUUCCUUGGGUGAACAAGUAUUGCCCGCAUAGAGUAGAGGGACUAAUGGGUUGUGUCACAGAUCAUGAGUAUUUAAGAGAUUGGCUAAAUAUGUUGAAAUUGAAACCUGCUGCAACAGCGAAUGAUGUACAAAGGUGGUCAAAGGCAAAGAAGAAGGAUAAACUACAACCGUCAGCCAUGCCUUACAGAAAGAAGAGGACGAAUGAUGACGAUACAUAUGAUAUGGAAAUGAUGGAUGAUAGCACGAAUGAAUUAUUCAAUUUAAUGCUACUUGUAGGCAAUCAUGGCGUAGGAAAAUCAGCAGCCGUAUAUACGGCAGCAAAAGAGGCUGGAUACACAGUUUUCGAAAUCAAUGCCACAACAAGACGUGCUGGAAAGGAUAUUGCUGAAAAAAUAGGGGAAAUGACAGAAAGUCAUUUGGUACGAUUUGAUGCUCAUAUAAAAAAAAGGAAAAUCGACAGAGAAACCAUCAUCAUCCGAGACACGGUAAAGAAGAAGAAGAAAACACUUGAUAUAGCAGAACAUUUCAAACGAUUACUCAAUGUAUCAACUCAAGAAGAGGAUACAGAGGAAAAUACGGGAAAACCUCUUGAGAAAACUGAGGUUACGGUUGAAGAGGAUGAACAGGGGAAAAUGCAGAAUAACAAUACUUUGAAAAUGUUCUUUCAAAAGGCAGAGGAAAAACAGAGAGAGUUAGCAAAAACUCGACCGAAACAAAGUCUAGUUUUGCUAGAAGAAGUGGAUAUUUUGUACGAAGAAGACAAAGGGUUUUGGCCAGCCGUUAUAGAUUUAUGCCAGAAAAGUAAACGACCUAUCGUCAUGACUUGCAACGAAACAUCCAAGAUACCCUUCGACAGCUUGAAUUUUCAAGAGGUAAUAUUUUACGAGAUACCCAAGAGGGACAGUAUUAUCCCUUAUAUUCACUUGAUUUGUUAUUCUGAGAAUUAUGUUGUUGAUCCCGUUGAAAUUGAGUAUUUAUGUAACAUGCUCGAAUACGAUAUUAGACAAAUCAUCAAUACAUUACAACUUUGGCUUAGUAAAUCGACACAACAGGAUGGAUAUAUCAUUUUUAACCACCUUUUUGCACAUAUUAUGGGUUUUUCAGACGUGCUUUACACUGGUGAUCCUAUUGUGCUUAUGGACAAACUGAAAGGGUUGGAUGUGAAGACGAGGACGCUGUGUACACAGUAUUACUUUGCAAUAAGGAACAAACGUAGAGGUCGCAAGCCUACGGAAACCAAUAUUGAUACUAUCUGUCGAGCAAUGCAUAAUCUAGCCUUUGCAGAUGUAUGGAUCGGUCUAACAGAUAGACAAAGACAUCAAUUAUACGAUAUAGACCAAUAUGAAAUUGAGGACAUAGUGAAUGGGAAUGAAGUAAUCUGUAAAAGGGCAAGAGACCUUGACCAUUGGGAUCUAAGCGAAACCAUUGAAAAUACUAUAUCAAUUUUAAAUAUGAAUGGCAUCAAAGAUUUGACUUGGCGUGAUACUCUGCUAAAUUGGCCGCUCCAUUAUGAAACGUUGAAACAUCAAAGUGCCUCAGUGUCAAGAGACAGCAUUGCAAGUUUAAGUUCGUUUAUAGUAGACACGCCAUAUAUCAAGACAAACGAGAAAUUAUUCAUGAAGGAAUACAUGCCUACGAUCAGAAGCUUGUGUGAACACGAUGAAGCUAUUAUCAGUAAAGGCAGAAUCAGCAGAAGUAGGAAAAACAGUAGAUACAUUCAAUUGGAAGACGAAAAUAGGGAAUCGCUUCGUUGGAAAAUAAUGUAAUGAAAUAGAUCUCCCAUGUUUUGCGUUUCUGCUGUCAUUGCUGGUUGUAACUGAUGCAACAAUAAACCGCACUCCUUUCAAAUUUU